GAGGAAGUGAACCUUUGAAGCUUGACCGAUUGGCAUUCAUAAAUUUGAAUAUUCACUUACUAACAAUUCAAUCCUUGUUACUUUCGCACCCCAAGUGUUACCAGAGCGUACCUAUACAUCGAGAAGAAAAACCGCUGUUCUUCAUAGCAUCUGCACUCAUGUCUAUAUCGAAUAUUCACAAUUAUCACUGCAAUCCUCAUUAUCAUAGAUAUGGAGCGCUCUGCCCUUGGGAAACAACUGAGAGUUAUCAAAGGGAAUGGUCAUUUCCAGCAGUCCAGAUUGUGCAUCCUGUUACACAAACAGUGAAUGCGAGUAACAAUUGCACCGACGGAGCGGUAUUUUGGGAGGAAUGCUCACGACAAAGUAAUGAGAUACCCCUUAGGGUUGGAGCUGAACAUGCGCAACAUACUGGAUAUUGUAUUACUAGAAAGAUAAACUACUGUAGAUUUUGGAGGCCUCAACAAAUCAACCCAUUUGUUUGUUGUUAUCACGUCUUGACAUUGGAGAGUCCAUUGAGGAAGGGGUUUUGCUUUGGAGAAAACUGUCCGGGGCUUGUGGGGGCCAAAAGUAUUCCCUUCGUUAACUACGACAUUGCGGCUUAUUAUUCCGGCGAUAAGUUACAAUACGAGAGGGAGCGGCUGUAUUUGAUAAUGACAGAGGCGGAGACGGGAAAGGAUGUGCGGUUUCAGUGGAAAAAUAUGGAUGGGCCAGGCUAUGAGACUUUUGAAGAGGAAAGGAAAAAAUAUGGGUUUGGAUUCGCAGGACGUAGCAGAGUCCCUAAGCCGGUCAUGAGCUACAUGCCGAAUGACAGUUGGUGGAGGCCUCAAUAGCAAAUUGGAUUGAAACAAGAUUGAAUAAUAUGGAUAUGGACAAUCAUUUUUACUCUUGUAGGUGUUGUGAUUGCACAAAGAUGAGCAAGUGGGUGGACGGCAUCAUUUCGAGUUUUAUGAGGGGUCAGGAAUGCAAGUGGUAUACUUGGUCGGAUUCGCAAGAAUAGGAAUAGAAGGGAUGUUUCUUGAGCUUUAAUACGUUGUUUAUGAGCGCAUAUGGUGUUGCGCGGGGCUGUUUCUAAGACAAUCGAAUAGCUCUCCCAGAGAUCCGUGGACUUUCAUAUACUUUCCAGUAGUUGUGAGACUUUUGACUUCUACUCUUUCUCAACCGAGCCGGAAUGAUGAAUGGAAGACUGGAUUUUGAGUACUCGGUACUAGUGUUGUGAUUUCCUUGGAGCUUCAUGAUAUUGCCAAUUUCAAGUGAGACGAUGGAAGUUCAUAGCUAGGGUUUCUUCAUCUCAGAGACGCUUGACUUUGAGAAUGGAAAAGGGGGAUGAAUUGGCAUUUACCUAUGUAGAAGCACGUUUCAACGUCACUCCAAUCCUAUCAUUGAGGUUUAUAAUAGGCCAGCCUAGAAGACGACUCAUCGAUGAUAUUAUCACCAUCCAAAUAUCAAAUGAAACCA